AUUGUCUUUCUGGUUGUAUGAUAACAACUGUGUUUAUAUUUCAUAACUGUAUCUGAUUUUCCCCUUGAAUAUAGAUACCUUGAUUCAUGAAACGCAUAACUAAUAACCGUUUCCAACUUUAAUAGAAAACUCUCCAGAUCACUACCUAUUUUUAAUUCAAUCCAACUUUUGUUCACCACUGAAAAGCAUUUCCAUCAUAUUGUAUAAUCAUUUUCCACAAUCAUACUUGAUAAGUUCUUAAAAAUGAAUACUGACAUGCAAACCGAUUCGUCAAUGAAUGUUAUUAUUGACAAGUGUCCUUUACUUUUGUUUCUCAUUCAAGUUGAUUUGAAACUCAAAGAUCUACUCUCUAAAACUAAUUGCACCGCUUACAAGGUGAAAAAAUUGUAUGAAAGAAUUACUGAGGAGCUCGAUGAAAUUGAUAAAUCGUAUCUAACUAUCCACGAAACAAAUGUUAUGAGAAACUUGCAGGAUUUGAACUCUGUAUGUAAAGAGGAUACCAAGGAUAUCGUUAAAGUUAUUUCAGGCUACUACUCGAGUAUGAGUGAGCAAGCUAUGUCAACAAUCUCCUGCGCCGGAAAUUUGUCUCAGCAAACAAAGUAUUUCACAGACUUGUUGACAAGUUUCCUUGCAUUGAGCUCCAGCUUUCAGAAGCAGUCCUGGUUCAGUGACGUAUUUUUAGAAUCAGCUUGGAAAUGGGAGCCGAUCAGUUUUUGUUCUGAAGGAAGUCAAGGAAGAAAUGCGAUUUCAACAGAAAGCUAUAUUACACCGAUAAACCAAUAUGAAAACUACGAUGAAAGCAAUAGCAGUUGUAGUGCCAGUGACCAAAUAGGAACUCAUCAAAGAGUCUCCUUGGACUGGUUUGAUAGCAGGAACACAUUUUCGAGCGAACAUAUUGCAGAGGUGGAUUGGAAGCAUCAUAUUGACAAGUUAAAGAGAACCUCACAGUCAUUGGACAUCCUUGAAAUGAAGUUCUUCGUCUUAAGAAGCAGGGAUAUACAUUUUCUGCAAACACUGUCAGGUUUUGAAGAGAAUGAUUUGUAAAUGGAACAUUGUUUGAUAAAUCUUGUUAUGUAAUCUUCAUAUCGAUGAAGAAAACGACUGUUUAAGAUAUAUAUUUCAUAUAAUUGUCCAGUCACCAGUACUUUUUGCCAUUAAAAAAAAAGAUCUGAG